AUGGCGAUAUUGAGUAAAGCCUCAGUCACUUGCCAUCGACGGUUGUUGCGAGCGUGCCCGUAUUCCACAGCACGGUGUACACUGGCAGAUUCAUUUGGGGCAUUUCACUUGCCAGAAGUCACACCGGCAAAGCCUGUCUCUACCUUGGAUUAUCAAUUAUCGCGACAGCGAAACGCCGAAUAUCACCCGUGGAGAUCAUAUGUCAAUGCUAAUUCAAUCAUUAAUGGAUGGAUUCACAACGUCGAGAGCCUUUCAAGUGGGAUAGCUCAGGAGAUACAUCGCUGGAAUUCUCGCGAAUUAUUGCGGCAAUUAUGAUACAUCGGAUCAGCCGUAUCACACACAUUGGGCAUUAUUUUUUCAGAAUGUAAUUGGCUCGCGAUAUGAGCUGUUCCAAGCUGUUACCGUCUCUCGAGGCCAAGCUGUCACCUUCAGGGAUUGUCGUAACCUGGGAACAUGACCUUACCGCAUGCGGAUAUGAGGUUU